AUGAGUGAUGGGAGUGAAAUACAUGGCAGUAAUCCGUUAGAUAUUAAAUGUGGUGACUUCAAUUGCGAUGCAUAUUUGUCUCAUUUACUGAAGAAGAAAACACUUGACGAAUUGGUGCAAGUCGAAGAAGAUAUGGUGCAUAAUGUGCGUCGUUUGGAUUCAGAAAUGCAACAGCUAGUUUAUGAGAACUACAAUAAAUUCUUAACGGCAACGAGCACUGUGAAGAAGAUGCAAAGUGAUUUUAUGGAGAUUGGUCGAGAAAUGGAAAACUUAUCGAAAGGAAUGAAUCGAAUAUCAGAUCUUUCGAAAGAUCUUUGUGGUGCUUUUGGGAAACAUCGAGCUGAUGUGGCACACUUAGCAGAUGCGAAUAAAACAGUCAAAAGUUUACAGUUCAUGCUUAGUCUGCCUACUAAACUUCAGAGGCAAGCUUUGAUCUUGGUUUUCUUCAAGGUAGCUUCUGGUGUUCAGUCUAGGAUGCAUAGCCUUGUGGAGCAAAAAGAGUACUGUGAAGCAGUUAAAUGCUAUCUAGCUGCAAAUCCAUCACUUGCGCGUUAUAGUCAUGUACCAUCGGUGGCAUCAAUAUCAGCUGAGUCUCGCUCAUUGAUGAAUGAUGUCGAGGAACAGUUACGAUCGGUUGUGUGCAAUCGUGUAGUAUCGUCGGAAGAUGUUGCAGAAGCUGUCUCACUUCUACUCAAGCUCGGCGUACCUGCAUCUUCUAUUCACAGCGAUUUCUUAGAAAGUUUCAGACAUAAUCUCAACGAUCAAAUCGAUGCAUUGCAGCGGAAAGAUCAGAAAGAUAAACAACNGGUUGCAGAGGACGUGCUAGAAUUCAUCGAUGAUUCAUGUAGCAGUUUUCUAGCUGAUCUAUCUCUUUUCACAGCCCUCAACCAGCGCUUAUUCCCCAGUCAGGCUUGUGAUGGCGAGGUGAUUGAGAUGUUAGAUACGUUGAUGGCGCGUUUUAACGACGUUGUUCGUACGCGUUUUUUACAUGAAACUGAUGCACGUGAGUGUGCGAUCGUUGUACGUGCAUUGGAUCGUUUCUAUAGAAGAAUGUCGUCUUGCAAUCAACUUAUUCCAGGAGUUGAUUAUUCACCGAUGAGUAUAUCGAUGUUGAAUGCCGUCUCUCGACAUCAAAUUGCUUUAGCAUCUGAGCAAGUGGUCAGUCGAGUCAAAACUGUCAUCAAUCAGGUACGAACUGAACUGAGCACGACUCCAUCAAACAGCGACUUCAGCGAACUCGUUUCUAGACUCGAGCAUGCUCUGUUAGUACAACUCAAAACCGCGUUAGCUUCACUGCUACUCUUCACCGCAUCCGAUAUGACCUUUUCAUCUCUUGAUCCAUCAGUAUUUUCGUAUGGAUUCGGUGUUGAUGUUCACGAAAGGCUUGUAGUGAAUGCCCUCGAGCAGGUCUCAAACUUUGGUCGAUCUUUUUGUGAUGGCAGUGUGAGCAGCAGUAAUGCGGCAUUUAUUGUUCUAUUAGCGCAAUUUUAUAUGAACAUUGAUUCACGAUCCGUCUCAUAUAUUUUCGAUCUUUGUCAAGAACAAUUUAGGUUGGUAUCCGAACGUGAAAAAGGUGAUCAGUCACAAUUGACUUCAUUAGAUAAGCCACGUGUUUCGUUACGAGCAACUGCGCAUGCAUUGUUGAAGCAUUAUGUUCGUCUUCAGGGAAUCAUCAUAUCACAGAUGCUUGUGAAGAGUGUCGAAGCUCGAGAUUGGUUGACUUGCUCAGAACCAAGCUCUGUUCGUGCAGUUACUAAACGACUUGUCGAAGAUUUAUCAUCACUCGACUCUCUCAUCAAGCCGUUUAUGGAUGAAGGAACACGCAAAGAACGUAAUCCAGAAAGCACUACUGCUCGUUCACAUACUCGUCGUAAUCCAAACUUUGAUACGUGCUCAAUCAGUUCUACGCUGGAUAAACUUUGGACGGAGAGGGUCGAUUUUUGUGCUAAUAUUGAGUUUAAUCGUACAUCUGUACUGACUGCAUUGGUCAGUGUCGCGCUCAAAUCUUUUGCCGAAAGUGUACGUUUACAGACGUUUUCGAAGUUUGGUCUGGAACAGAUUCAGGUUGAUUGCUACUAUUUACAACAGAACUUAUGGCGAUAUGUAUCGGAUGAGCAAGUUACGACGUCCCUUUUAGACGAGAUCAUUUCUUCGGCUAUACACCGUUCAUUAGAUGCGAAGCUGAUGGAGCCCAGCCUCGUUAAAUCAAUCUGUGAACGGCAGUAA